AUGAGCGCGUCGUGCGUCUCCAACGUCCGCGCGGCGCUCGCCGCGUCCGCGGCGACGUCCGGGCGCGCCUCGAGCGCGGCGCCCGCCGCGCCGCGCUUCGACCGCGUCGGCGCGCGCGAGAUUCGCCGCCGCCGCAAUUCCAAUUCUUCCCAUUCUUCGUCGACGCGCGUGGCGAAGAACCCAAACUACGUCCCCGACCCGAAGCGAUUCGACAUGGAACCGAACACGCCGCGGACGCGGGAGGAGGAGGAGUACCAGGAAGGCUUCCGACAAGACCGCGAGUGGAUGCGAUACGACCCGGACGCGGUCCCCGAACACGCGCCGGCGCCGUGGCAGGUCAACACCGCGAGGCUGUUGGAUUUCGAGAACAACCCCGGCGCGUGGCCGCCGUGGGUCACGCGCGAGUGCGAAAAGCAAGGCAUCGACGUGCACCUGCACGACGAGCCCGAGCCCGAGUACAUCCCGUACGAGGAGACCCCGGGCUUAUACAACAGGUUCGACGACAUGGCGCUGCAGUACCGCGAGCGCGUCAAGGCGGAGCGCGCGGCGGCGACGGCGAAACGCGCGGAGGAGAUUCGACGCACGAGCUGGAUGUCCAUGGAGGGAGACGUACGCCUGAAGGACAUCCCGUCGUGCGACGAGUCCGCGUGGACGCACGAGAAGAUCGAGGAGCUCAUCAACUUCCCUCCAGACGUCGCCGCGCGGAUGGAGGCGCACAGCGUCUUGAGGUACGACCCGCGGUGGCCGUGCGAUAACACGUGGAUCCCGCCGCCCGAGCCGGACACGUGGGAGUUUUUGAAAGAGAUUGGACGCGGGAGCGAGGACCCGCUGGAGGACGAGGCGCUCGGGGAGAAGCUCGCGAUGCGGAACGGCAUCACGCAGCGGUACGAGGUGGAGUUGGAGGCGGAGGAGUUUCUCGCGCGGAGCUCCGAGGCGCAGCUUCAGCGCGCGAUCGACAUCGGCGAGGACGACGACGAGGACGAAGAGGAGGAGGAACGCUAG